AUAUUUAUCGCUGCAAGCAUGAUUUUCUAGAUACACGCCACAUCAUUGUUAUGCAUUGAUUUCAUUUAUUCGUUAAAGGUGAGAAAACGUCUAGAGUAUUGGCUCAAAUCAAAAGCUUUUAUGAUCCACAAAUGCCAAAACCCGAAUUAUUAAAGAGGAAAACAACAGAACAGAAAAGUACAAAAACGGAGCAAAUUUCGAAGUGGAUCUUGGCGUUGCCGCAAGUUUUUGCAUGUGAUAUUUCAAGGAAUCCAUUGAGAGUUAUGGUACUUGAAAAAGACGAAAAAGCAUUGGAAGAAAUUACAAACAAAUUGAAAAAGAUGGGACUCUCAGAUGAAGAAUAUUUUGUCCAGAUUGUAAAAGUAGAGCCACUAUCAGAUAAACCUUCCACAAGCGGCGCCCAUUUGUAUGCUCAUGGAUCAAACAAAAGUGGAACACUCGGAGGUUUCGCAAAGUUUAAAUAUAACAAGACGGAUACAACUUACGACGUUGCAAUCACUGCUAGACAUGUUGUUUACCCAUCGCAGAUAUGCGUCGAUGGGCAAGUAAUUGGAAGUAUAAUGGAAGAGAAAAGCGCAUAUGACAUAACAAUGGCAGAAGUUCAUGCGAAAUCAAAAUAUGACACACGAUUCCGAAAGGAAAAUGGGGAGUUUUGCUUUGCGGACGUGUAUGAUUCAAACAACGAUGGACUAAAAUCGAAAGCAGUUCAUUUCUGGGGUGCAACCACUGGUCUUGCCAAAGCAAAUAUAUCAGAGAUACCCAUCGGGCGUUCGUUUGCAAGUGUCUAUAUCAUGAUAAAAAUACGUAACCAAGAAAAGACUGCAUUUGCAAGUCCAGGAGACAGUGGAGCGAUGAUACUUAUGGAACUUUAUCCGCGGAGCUCAGAAAGUAUGUUUGCUUUAGGAAUAUUGGUUGGAGAAAUUUUGCCCUGGAAAGAAGAAAAUGCAGGAAAAUCAACUGAUGCAUGCAAGGGAAAACUUCCGUUCACGAAAGGAACCCAAACGGCUGUUCAAUUAACAGCAAAGCCUAUUGAUCAGAGAGAUCAAAUGUUAUCUGAUGAUCAAAUGCACGAAAAGGAUACAAUGCCAUCAAAAAAAACAAAUAUCGCAGAAAAGCCAACACACCAAGAAGAUCCAUUGCACCAAGAUCGCACACAGCUGUCCUACGUAACAUGCGCGAAAAGUUUUAUGCCUUCAGAAAACCCACAUUCCACAGAAGAUACUGAAAUGUCGGAUCCAGUACCUGUUGAAAGUCCAAUUUCGUCCGAAGACAACACACACUCUGAAGAUCCGAAGACCAAUGAUUGCACAAAGCCUGUGGAAGUCUCAAUACCGAUAAAUGACGAUUCAAUCCCUCUUAACCCUUCUUCCUCAUCUGAUACCAACAAAACGUAUUUAAUUGUUUGCCUGAAGAAUGGUUUCGAAUAUCUUUCGAAAACGCAUGAUGGCACACUUUCACUUUACAAGGUUUGAAUAAAGUGAUUCAGAACAUUUAUGCCUUUAUGAGUAGCAAAAUAUUUAAUACAUUUUACAAAGAUUUAAAGUUUCUUCUUAGUUCUCCAUUUUAGAAUUCGGAUGGUACUUUAGAUAAUCAUAUAUUCAGAAGUGCUUUUUCUAACAAAAUUGUUAUUCAAGUGGCUGUCCUUGUGUUAAAUUUUGUCUUUUGCAUCAGUAUGUGACUUUCAAAGCAUCAAUGUAGAUAUGAGGCAUAUAUUAAAACGCUUUGUUUUUCUUCUUUUCUUCGUAUUUACGAUUAAAGUACAAUACUUUAAAAGAGUAAUACAUAUUUUUUUGGCAACAGCACUUGUUUUUGAAAAUAGUGUUUUCUUCGUAUUUACAAUUGAAGUACAAUUCUUUACAGAGUAAAACGUUUGAUUGUUUUGGAACAAAACUUGUUUUUGAAUGAUAUUAAUUUAAAUUCACUUUUAAAGAAUUGUCCUAUAAAAUAUAUUGUAGUUGCUCGUCUUAUUGUAAAUAUAACUUGUGUUACGUGUGUAUGAGGAAUAUAUAUUAAUCAGAACUUCUUUAUUGAAAAACAAUAUAUAUAUGAUUUGACUCGUCGUUUUAUUUAAGAAAACUAUAUUUCAGUUCACUUGUCUUAAUGUUGAUGUAUAUAAAUUAUAUCAUAACACUCUCAGUUUUUUGUGUGUCAUCAAUGUUACAAUAUAAAACAUGGCUUAGAUUCAUUCUUAUACCGUUUUAACAUUAUCAGUUUAUAGUUGAAUAAUGAUAUCUUAUGAGGCUCAGUGAUCAAAAACCGUUUCAAAUUCCCUUAGUUUAAACACCCUGUGAUUUCACUGACCAGUCGCUUAACAUCUUUUUUUUGAUAAACGCUUUAUAUUGAGAAUGAAAUAGAUAGUUUGUAUUGUUUUUUUUGUUUGUAUUUUUGGUUCUAUUAUUUCUUAACAGAAAAUCAUUAGUUAACUUGUUGAAUCAUUAAUGGUUUUCUUAGAAUGUCUUACCAACUGCAGACUUAUGGUAUAUCUGUUACUAUCAAACCAGAUUAGAUGUGUAGUUAUUUUUGGUUGAAUUCACAUACUCUUUAUUACGGUUAAAAUAUGAGUUGCAAUAGAUUUGUGAUAUAUAACAAUAUGCUCACAUGUUAAGUUAUGAUUAGUGUUGCUCUGCCUGUAUGUGAACAUUUAUGCAAUUAUGAAUAGAAGAAAAAUGUGAUAUAUAUAUUAACUUAACAAAGAUUUCAAAAGUUUCUUCUUAUUAUUCCAUUUUAGAAUUCAGAUUGUAUCAAAGACAAACAUAUUUUAAGAAGUUUUUCAUGUGUAAGGAUUUUGUAUUCAAGAGCCUGUCCCUGUGUUAUGUUUCAUGUUUUGCAUCGGUAAUUGACUUCAAAAGUUUCAAUGUAGAUGUGAGGCAUAUAUUAAAACGCUUUUUUGUUCUUUUAUUCUUCGUAUUUACGAUUGAAGUACAAUACUUUGGCAGGGUAAUACACAUUUUUCGCGACAGCACUUGUUUUUGAAAAUAGUUUUUUCUUCGUAUUUACAAUUGAAGUACAAUACUUUACAGAGUAAAAUGUUUGGAACAAAUCUUGUUUUUGAAUGAUAUUAAUUUAAAUUCACUUUCAAAACAAUUAUGUUAUAAAAUGUAAUGUAGUUGCUCAUUUAACUGUAAAUAUAAUUUGUGUUACGUGUGUAUAAUGAUGAAUAUAUAUUAAUCAGAACUUCCUUAUUGAAAUACAAUAAAUAUGAUUUGACUGGUCGUUUUAUAUAAGAAAACUAUAUUUCAGUUCACUUGUCUUAAUGUUGAUGUAUAUAAAUUAUAUCAUAACACUCUUAAUGUUUUGUGUGUCGUCAACGUGACAAUAUAAAACAUGGCUUAGAUUCUGUCUUUUACUGUUUUAAUAUCAUUAGUUUAUAGUUGAAUAAUGAUAAUUGUUUGCGGCUCAGUGAUCACGAACCGGUCCGAAUUCUCUUAUUUUAAACACCCUGUGAUUUCACUGACCGUUCGCUUAACCUGUUUUUAUUUAUAAUAAUUAUAUUUUAAAAAUGAAAUAGAUAGCAUGUAUCCUCUUUUUGUUUGUCGUCUUUUUUCUGUUAUAACAUAAUACAAAACAGUUAGUUAACUUGUUGAAUCAUUAAUGUAUUAAUGUAUUCCUUAGACUUUCUUACCAACUGCAGACUUAUGGUAUAUCUGUUUCUAUCAAACCUGAUUAUAUGUGUAGUUAUUUUUCAUAGAUUCACAUACUCUUUAUUACAGUUAGAAUAUGAAUUACAAUAUAUUUGUUAUAUAUAAAAAUAUGCUUACAUGGUAUGAUAUGAUUAUUGUUGCUCUGUGUAUGUGUGAUUAGGAACAUUUAUGGUAUUAUGAAUAGCAAAAAAAUGUGAUAUAUAUUAUUUUUUUCAAAGAUUUUAAAAGUUUCUUCUUAUUAUUCUAUUUUGGAAUUUAGAUUGUAUUAAAGACAAACAUAUGUUAAGAGGCUUUUUAUGUAUUAGGAUUUUGUAUUCAAGAGCCUGUCCCUGUGUUAUGUUGCAUGGUUUGCGUCGGUAAUUGACUUCAAAAGUAUCAAAGUAGAGGUGAGGUAUAUAUUAAAACGCUUUGUUGUUCUUGUUUUCUUCGUAUUUGCAAUUGAAGUACAAUACUGUUCAAGAGUAAAUAAUAAAUUAUUUGCAACAACACUUGUUUCUGGAAAAAGGAAACUUAAAUUCACUUCGUACAAAUUUAUUAAAGAUGUUUAAGUUGCUCAUCUAACUAUAAAAUUGACUUAAGCUACGUGUGUAUGAUGAAUAUAUAUUAAACAGAACGUCUUUAUUAAAAAACAAUUAAUAUGAUUUGACUUGUCGUUUUAUAUAAUAAAACUAUAUUUCAGUUCAAAUGUCCUUAUGUUGAUGUAUAUAAAUUAUAUUACAACACCCUCUGUGUUUGUGUGUCGUCAAUGUGACAAUAUAAACCAUGGCUUAGAUUCAAUCUUAUACCGUUUUAACAUUAUCAGUUUAUAGUUGAAUAAUGAUAUCUUAUGAGGCUCAGUGAUCAAAAACCGUUUCAAAUUCCCUUAGUUUAAGCACCCUGUGAUUUCACUGACCAGUCGCUUAACAUCUUUUUUUUGAUAAACGCUUUAUAUUGAAAAUGAAAUAGAUAGUUUGUAUUGUUUUUUUGUUUGUAUUUUUGGUUCUAUUAUUUCUUAACAGAAAAUCAUUAGUUAACUUGUUGAAUCAUUAAUGUAUUCCUUAAACUUUCUUACCAACUGAAGACUUAUGGUAUAUCUGUUACUAGCAAACCUGAUUAUACGUCUAGUUCUUUUCGUAGAUGCACAUACUUUUUAGUUAGGUUAAAAUAUGAGUUGCAAUAGAUAUGUGAUAUACAACAAUAUGCUUACAUGUUAUGAUAUGAUUAUUGUUGCUCUGAGUGUGUGUGAUUAAGAACAUUUAUGCCAUAAUGAAUAGCAAACAAAUGUGAUAUAUAUUCAUUUUACAAGGAUUUCAAAAGUUUCUUCUUAUUAUUCCAUUUUAGAAUGCAGAUUGUAUCAAAGACAAACAUAUUUUAAGAAGUUUUUCAUGUGUUAGAAUUUUGUAUUCAAGAGCCUGUCCCUGUGCUAUGUUGCAUGGUUUGCGUCAGUAUUUGACUUCAAAGUAUCAAAGUAGAUGUGGGGCAAAAAAUAAAACGCUUUGUUUUUCUUGUUUUCCUCAUAUCUACAAUUGAAGUACAAUACCUUUGCAAGAGUAAAUAACAAAUUAUUUGCAACAACACUUGUUUCUGGGAAAGGAAACUUUUAUUCACUUCAUACGAAUUUAUGAUAUAUGUUUAAGUUGCUCGUCUAACUAUAAAAUUCACUUAAGUUUCGUGUGUAUGAUGAAUAUAUAUUAAUCAGAACUUCUUUAUUGAAAAACAAUUAAUAUGAUGUGGCUUGUCGUUUUAUAUAAGAAAACUAUAUUUCAGUUCACUCGUCUUAAUGUAGAUGUAUAUAAAUUAUAUCACAACACUCAGUGUUUCGUGUGUCGUCAAUGUGACACGUUUAAACAUGCCUUAGAUUAAUAUACCUUUCUACCGUAUAAGAUUAUAGUUUAAUAGUGAUAUAUUUUGAGGAUUAGUGAUCAAAGUAUAUUUAAACACUUUGUUGUUCUAGUUUCGUCGUAUUUAGAAAUGAAGAACAAUCCUUUGAAAGAGUUAAAAAUAAAUUUUCGCAACAAGUUUGUCAGUCUAAGUGUUUUGUGGGUCGUCAACGUGACACAUUCAAACAUGGUUUAGAUUCUUUCUUAUACAUUUCCACCUGUUAAUUUAAUAGUUGAGUAAUUGUAUCUUUUUAGGAUCAGUGAUCAACAAGCGUUUCAAAUUCCCUUAGUUUAAACACCUUAUCACUGGCCGUAAGCUUAACGUUAUUUUUUUUACUUUAUAAACUUUAUAUUUUGAAAACGAAAUAGUUUGCACUAUCUGUUUAUUUGUUUUUUUUGGUUUUGUUAUUACUAAUCCGAAAUAAUUGGUUAAUCUGAUAAAUGAUUAAUGUAUUCCUUGGACUUUCUCACCAACUGCAGAAUUAUGAUACAUCUGUUACUAUCGAAUCUGAUUAUUGAUGUAAUUAUUUUUCGUAGAUUCAUGCUCUGUGUUAUGGGUAAAAAAUAAAAUUCAAUAUAUUUGCGAUAUUUCCUUAUAUGCUAACAUACGUUAUGUUAUGAUUUAUUUUUGUUCUCUGCAUAGGUGUGAUGUGUUAUUUUAAUAAAACUUCUGGAA